CCAAAAAGAAAGAGCAAAAAGCCAAAUAAUGAAUCAAAACUCAAGUGCUUUUGUGAUUGGAUUGGUGGGAGCAGCAAUAACCUUGUCUGCCUAUUCACAGACGUUCUUCUCUCCAUCUCAGUGCAUUACAAUUGGCCUCCUUGUUCUCAUGUUUGGCUUGUUUAUCAGGGAAGGUUUCAUUUCCCUUUAG